AGGGAAACACCUAAAACAUGCAGGACAGGGGGGCGUGAGGACUGGAAUUGAGAAACACUGGGCUAAGCUAAGACCCUGAACCUUUCAGGAGACUGAAAAUGGAGGAGUUCAUUCCUACAACGUUCCGCAUGGAUGUGAAGGAAGAGAGGGAAGAUUUCUUUUCCCGCAACGCCCCGCAGGAGGGUGAAACAGACAGGGAGAACACAGAGAGCAGCAUGUGGAUCUGUAAGCCCACGGGCCUGAACCGGGGCAAAGGAAUCUUCCUCCUGAAGAACCAGCAGGAUGUGGCCGAAUUCAGACUGAAGCUACAGAAGAUGGAGGAGCACCAGGCCGAGCGUAAGACGCCUCACCGCCGGAUUCAGGCUCACAUUGUCCAGCGUUACAUCCAGAAACCCCUUCUGCUAAAUGACAGAAAGUUUGAUGUGCGCUCUUACCUUCUCAUUGCCUCCACGUCGCCCUACAUGGUCUUCUUUCGUCAUGGGUAUGUCCGACUGACGUGUGACGUCUACGAUCCCAGAUCCAAAAACCUCUCUGCUCAUCUCACCAACCAGUACAUGCAGAAGAGAAACCCUUUGUACAGCCAGCUCAAGGAGGACACUGUAUGGUCUAUGGAGAGCUUCAACGCCUACGUCAACGAAAGGUUUCAGGUUGCCAAGGGUCUGCCCAGGGACUGGGUGCUGGGAGCCUUUGCGAAGCGCAUGCAACAGAUCAUGACCCAGUGUUUCUUUGCCGUCAAGACCAAGUUAGACUGCCGCCCUGGAUUCUUUGACUUGAUUGGCUGCGACUUCAUGAUCGACGAGGACUUCAAGGUCUGGCUUCUGGAAAUGAACUGUAAUCCAGCUUUACACAGAAACUGCGAGGUGCUGAAGGAGGUGAUACCCCGCACUGUUGGAGAAGCACUGGAUUUAACUCUGGAGCUGUUCAACAAGUGUCGUCUCAGGCAGCAAAUCCUUCCUUUAGCCAAUCAACGGGACUUUGUUCUGCUGUAUUGUGGUGCCGUAGGACUUGUCGACAACAAGAGGACCGAUAGUAGUGAGUUCUACCAGAAAACUAAAAACAACAGGAAGCCCAGACAGCAGAAGACCAGGACAGAUAUCACAAAAGGGAAUGUUGCAUCACUGGAGGAUCCUCUGACUGAAGUCACUGAGACAAAAAUGUUACCUCUUCAUCAAAACGCAGCGUCAGCAGGUGAAUGCCCAAAGGCUGUGAGGAGGAAGACCGGAGUACCCGGAGUCACAUGGAAGCUGAGCAAAUGCAAUUCUGUUGAGGGUCGUUUGAAAGCCGAAGGCCGAAGAUGAUGGGAAGCAACCGAAGGCUUAGCAGAAGAGAAAGAUCACCAUGUUUCUGUCACUGUCAUGUUUCAGUGCAGCACAUUCUGCAGACUGCACUGCUCAGAGAGAGUAGUGCAGGUGGAAAAGUUUUGGAUGAAAAUAAAGACUGCCUUUGUCUUCCA